CGAGGGGGCGUGGUUUUAACGCAGUCGGCGCGCGAUCCCUGAUAGAGCUGUCACGUCUCGUUCCACCGUCUUGACAUAUUUAUUAUUAUUUAUGUCAAUUAGGUUAUUACUUUUUUGUUUAAUGGAAUAAGGUAUUGGUUGUGAAAUUGAUUGCCUUUCAGUCGCUUAUGAUUCAUCAAUGUCAGGAAUAUAAUCUUGUACGUGUUAAUUUUGUAUGAUUGAUUGUUCGUGGGUCAUUAGGGAGGGGGGUAAUCUAGUUUUACGUAAGGCUAUUGUGGGCGCCGUCACCUGUCAUGUCAUGAGAAGACGACCACAAUCGGACCGUUAGCUGCGCCUCAUAAGUCAAUGUCAUUGUAAUAGGAUGAUCACUAUCUAACAUAGUUUAUAACUUUCUUAACGUCAUGUUAAUUGCAGAAAAAAACUAUAGGUAUAAGUAUAGUUCGUAAAUGUUCUUAAAUAUACAUUAAAAUACACAAACCGCGUUCACGAAGCACAAAGCAUAUUAUUGUGAACAAUUUCAAAACACCUAUUGCUGUCACCGUUUCUAAACAUUCAAACAGUAUCAAAAAAUCCUAAACGCAUUUUACCUCAAAACACAUAUAACCUUUUAUCACCCAGUACAUAUUCACAGUUUGCGGUGAACAUCCCGCUCGCAAGAUUCUUAUUUUCUAUAAGUAUUUAUGGUUCUAUAUGUCUGGAGCGCGCCAUGCGGCUAAAAAAGAUUAUGACAUCCCUCGCGAAGCGACAGCCCUAUAAAUCCUACUUACAUGCCGCAUCUAACCAAAAAUACACCUUAAAUAAAAUACAGUAGAGUUGGGUUUGAUUCCUCGCUUAGGAUAGAUACGUCGUCACAAAUUCAAUGAUGCUCAGCUUAAUUUAUAGCCCGCUAUUCAAUAUCGAUCUGUAACUCCCGAGCGUAUGGUUUAUUAUCGUUUAGCAGCAAAGUCUAUCCUACUCGAAUAAAUCUAUAAUAUGAAGGCGGGAGCGUGGUGGGGUUAGCGCCGCCCAGCGUUCGCCAUGGCAGUGAGGUGCGAGCCGGCGCCGAAGGACCAUGUCUGCGUGUAGUGUUGUGUUUGUCCGUGUGUGAACGAUGGUGUUAGAAGGCGGGCUGCCGGCGCCGCUGCAGCUUUACGCGGCGGCGGCGGCGGGCUUGGCGCCGCGGCCAGCGUGGCCGCCGUUCCUGCCGUUUUUUGGCGUGCCGCCGCCGUUCUUGGCGCGGCCGAGGCUGCCGCACCCGUUGCCGGCGCGCGCGCCGCACGGACCGCCCAGCGAGGACAGCAAUGAGGAUGGCGGGAGCAGUAAAGGUGGCGUGGACGACGACGGCGACAGUGGCAAACGGCGGCGCUCGCGCACCAACUUCAACUCCUGGCAGCUGGAAGAGCUGGAGCGGGCCUUCUUAGCUUCACACUACCCUGACGUGUUCAUGAGAGAAGCCUUAGCUAUGAGGCUGGACCUUAAAGAGAGCAGAGUAGCCGUAUGGUUCCAAAACCGACGAGCAAAAUGGCGGAAGAAGGAACACACAAAAAAGGGCCCAGGACGGCCGGCCCACAACGCGCACCCGCAGUCGUGUUCCGGAGAACCCAUACCUCCACACGAGCUGAGGGCCCGCGAGAGGGCGAGAAGAAGAAAGAAGCUGGCCAAAGCGCUCGACCGCCAAGCUCGGAAGCUGCGCGCCAAGGGCAUCGCCGUCGACCUCGAGGCCCUCAAGGCCGAGUACCUGGCUCAGCACAGGAACAGUGGACUGUACUCCGACUCAGACGGAGAUGUGGAUGGGGAGGAAUGCAUGAUAGACGUGGUAGGAGGCGAUUCCUGCCAUGAUUCCGGUCCUGAAGACUUUUCUCUGUCCAGUAGACUUCGAGCGCCUUCAAACGGAGACGCUAUCAAUAAUUCAGACAGCUCCACUUCAGACGCACAUUCAGGAAGAAACUUCAGUCCUCUCCCGGACCCUCAACAGGCGUUCUUCAAGCAGUUCGGACCCUCAAGCUUCGAAAAAUUUGAUUUUGACUCAGGCCGUGCAGUAUCUUUAGACCUCAGCGGCGGGAGCACAUCGGAACAAGACCUGUCGAAGAACGGGGGCAGAAAGCACAAUCCGUUCAGUAUAGAAUCCCUGCUUAAUACGUGAAAGUGACUUUGAAUAGUGACUAUAGAGGCUCUUUUAGUGCCCAGGUGUGAAGAUCCUGUUUACUUGUGUGAAUAGCGUUUUUGACGUUGCCCAAUAAAUAAUAAUGUGCAUAUAGACAAGAUAUCCAUUUCAUGACGAGUAAGUUCUAAUUAUAAUGUAUUAUCUUAUAAAUAAUGUAACAAAGUAAUGACUGUUAUAUCGAACACACUUGAACUUUUGACUGUAUUUGAAGAGGUUUAUGUCACCCUUUAUUGUGCAUUUAGAGAUACAGAUAAGAGCAUAUAUAAAUUAAGCAGGUGAUAGAAUAAAUAUGCCACUACUUUAAGUGGCUUCUUUGGGACCCGGUGAUGUACACGCUGCUGCAAAAAUACAUACGUAUGGAUGAAUUCCAUUAAUAAUGUUGGUAUGUACUUUUACAGCUCUCUGGCACCUACAUUCAGAUAAAGUAAGGCAAGGUAUGAUCAAACAGAUCAAAUCCUAUGUAGAGUAUAGAACUUUUUGUGAUUGGUUAAGUUAGCUGCAGAGAAAGUUGCCACCCAUUGCCUAUAAACUUAUAUGCAGAGGGGUUCAAUCAUUUCUGCAGCUGACUGUACUCAACAGUUUAGUAAGAAUUACCACUCAUACUAUGUAUUUCUUACAGUUCACUUAACAGACCAUAGUCUCUAACACAGUACCAACUUUCUCGAUAAUAGUUUGUAAAGGUGAUCUUGGCUAAAAUGUGAAUAGUAUGCAAUUUGAUUAUUGAUAUUGUAAUAAAAUUUACUGAGGUCAGUUUUUCAUACUAGCGUUGCAGAUUCCUAAUGUGUGCUUGUAAAUGUCGAAUGAACACUGUCUUCUAUCACCUUCUUCAUUUGAGAAAUAGCUGGCGGUUAAUGCGCGUGUUUGAUACAGUAGAUAGGUUGUUCAUACCUGGACUCAGUAAAUUGAUGAAAAGUUUGCUUUAAUAUAUGAAUGAUUAUCAUUAGUUUUACUCUGCUUCAGUAAAGACUUAAUAGAGCAGGCAGAGAUGCAUUUAAUUACCAUUUUAUAGAGUAUACAUUGCUGUAAGGUUUUUAACAGGCGUUUUUAGAAACUUCUGUUAAAAUAUGAUUGCUUCGAGAACAUUACUUAGGUAGGUACUUAUUUCUUUUAUAUGCUUUAAAUCACAGUCAUUUUAGACCAUGUUUUUGAAAAUGUAAUAAAAAGUAAUAAAUUCAAAAACCAAAAUCCGACUACAAGAAUUUGAGUUUUAGGAAAAAACUCCUCGGAUUUGAAAAUUUUAGGUGAAUAUCUCCGUCGCGCUGGCUUCAACGGCUCCUAAAAUUAGUGUGAUAAGGACAACUGUAGCUUAGGCGUUAGGUGAAUAAUCUCCUGCGUUAAAAUCUCUGAAUGCUCCUGGUAGUGGAAAGAAAGGUGUUACGGAAGAUCCUGGGACCUAUCAAAAGAGAUGACGGCACCUGGAGGAUCCGUAAGAAUGCCGAAAUCGAGGAGUUAGUGGCCGAACCCAAUAUCAUCGGCGAAACGAAAUGCCACAGACUUCGCUGGUUCGGCCAUUUACUGAGGAUGGGUGAGGAUCGAGGUGUUAAGAAAGCUUAUUUGGGACAACCGACUGGUCGCCGUCCAGUGGGUCGGCCCAGAUACCACUGGAGCGACAGUGUACAGGCGGAUCUGUGCCAACUCAAAGCCGAUAACUGGCAGGAAGUGGCACAGGAUCGGGACAGCUGGCGUUCUCUCGUUUUGGAGGCCAAGACCCUCUUUGGAUCACUGCGCCACAAUAGUUAGUUAAAUCUCUGAAAUCGAGGUUUCGUUCUUGACAUUUUCCUCCUCCGAAACUUAACCAAUCGUAAUGAAACUUUGGGAACGGAAUGAAAAAAUUUUUAUGUGCGUAUGACCAUUUUGAUUUUAGCAUUUUUUUGCCGAUUUUGUAAGCUACGUGUCUGUUUGCGGUGCAUUUAUUUGGCCGUUUUAGCACUGUUUGAAGUACUUAACCUAGUCCUUAUAAAAACAAGAAUAUCGCAGAACGCACUCAU